UAGAGUUUUUUUCUGUCUGGUCGACGGUGGUCGUUACGGUGUGAUAUUUCCAAUGAAAUAUCUUUGUGCUUUUGAUUUUAAAUAACUUAAAAUAAAAUUGAAUUUUUGAAUAAAAAAAAGAAAAGAAUCGGUUUGUUAAACGGAAUGUCUGAAGACGCGGGAUCGGUGAAUAAAUUAAGUGGCAUUUGGAUGCAAAUAGAUGCGAUUUUACAUCGAGAGAAUAGAACAAAUAUAUGGGAACAUCGUGGUGAAUAUGCAAAAGUGGCACCAAAGAAAAAGGAAAAACUGAAGCUCAGGUCAAAAGCCUUGCUUAUGUGUCAUCCGCACCUCACUGGAGCAAACAAAUAUCUACUCAACAACAAUGAAAAUUCAAAGUUUGGAGAUUUAGUGGCAUUGCAACAGCAACAUUUAUCGAUUAGAAGAAAGGAAAAGAUUGACAAAUUCAAAACGGACGACAAGCUGAGCGAAACACAUGAGACCGAAUCCGGGUACAUUAAUCCAACAAUCGAAUGUAGUUUCAGCUUAACCCGAGUAAGUGCACAGCUGGAGAGGCUGAUGGGGACGAAUGUGGUUCGAUUAACUGAUCGUAAAUAUAUGAUGGAAUUGCGGCAAAGAAUUCAUGAAGAUUUUAAUGAAAUGUUAGCGAAAAGGAUCGAGAAUCGAGAGGUGAAAGAGAUGGAAAGACAGCGAAAUCUUUUUAUGGAAGGAAAAAUCACUCAAGGCGCCGAGGACUACAGCAAUCAUCCGAUCUUCAUUGUGAAUCAAACUGGUGACCAGCCAAUUAUAAAAAGAAGAUCAAAAUUGAAGACCAAUCGUCAAAAAAAUGCGGAACGUUUAAUGCGGCAAGGUGCGAAAUGGGAAAAGGAACGGCAGAAAAUCAAUGAAAUUGAAAAACAAAGAGAAGUGGAAGACAAGGCGAGACAAGAAGCUGCCUUAAAUAUGGUAAAUGAUUUUCAUUCUGGAGGUAAAGAUCGGGGCAUGAAACUACCAAGGUUACGUAACUCCGUUGCUGAUUCUGAGCUUGCACUGAGGGAGUUAUCAGAUGAUGACAACUGUAGAUCUGCCACUCAAAGUGGGAAAAGCAAAGCGAAGGACAGACGAACGAAUUCUACUCUAAGAAGUCAAGAUUCCGAAAGGAAUGCUAAGCAGAGUCUGAGAACUGGACGAACAACUGAUGAUGAAGACAAUGAAACUGAUGACGAGCAAAAUGCUCUAUCGCACGGUUCGCGAUCGCAUCGAAGUCAAACGAUUGGUAAAGGUGACACUGAUAAUCUACAAUACGAAGACCCAAUGGUUAGCGAGUUAAAACAGACAGAGUCGGUGAAAGAUAUGUACAAACUGGCUAACGAAAUCCUUGGUGGACAAGUCAAUACCAAUUCAACAAUAACUGAGGAAUCGUCUGAAGAAGAGGAGCAGGAGGAGGAGGGAGAAGAAGAAGAAGAAGAAUGCGUCUCAGAUGAUUUAUAAUAAUGAUAUUAGAGAAAUAUACUUAGAAAUAACGCAAUUUCAUUAGAGUAUAUCGCACAGUAGAUAUUUUAUUUUGUAAUUAACUCGAUACUACGAAUACAAUAAAUGUAUG